CGUCCCUUCAAGGCAAUUCCAUUGCCGGUCCAUGAAUUUUGCGGUGUUGUGGACGUGUAAAUUUCCUAUUUCUUGUUAAAUUUAUGCAAUGAUAGUUAAGAUGGCUUCAGAAGCUUCAGCUCAGUUAAUCCAAAUCCUCGAAAAAACUGUUUCUCCAGAUAAAAAUGAGUUGGAGGCUGCCCAGAGCUAUUUGGAACAAGCUGCUCAGACUAAUCUGCCUGAAUUCGUCAAAACACUUUCCGAUGUGUUACACCAUGGGGGCAACAGCCCAGUUGCUAGGAUGGCUGCGGGUCUUCAACUCAAAAAUACCCUCACUUCCAAAGACCAAACAGUCAAACUACAAUACCAACAACGAUGGCUGGCAUUCCCAGAAGAUGUCAGACUGUAUAUUAAAAAGAAUAUCGUCGGAGCCCUGGGUACGGAGAACAACAGACCAAGUUCAGCAGCACAGUGUGUCGCGUACGUGGCCGUGGCCGAGCUACCAGCUGGACAGUGGCCGGACCUUAUCAGUCUGUUGGUCAACAACGUCAUCAGCGGAGGCAGCACUGAGAUGAUGAAGGAGGCCACACUAGAGGCCAUCGGCUACAUCUGUCAAGACAUUGAGCAAGAUGUGCUUAUUUCUCAGUCCAACCAGAUUUUAACAGCCAUUAUUCACGGCAUGCGGUCGUUGGAGCCUAGCAAUCAUGUUCGACUGGCUGCUACUACUGCGCUAUUCAACUCACUGGAGUUUACCCGUGCUAACUUUGACAAAGAGUCGGAGAGGAACUACAUCAUGGAGGUGGUCUGUGAAGCUACUCAGUCCCCGGACACUCAGAUCAAGGUGGCCGCCUUACAAUGUCUAGUCAAGAUAAUGUCUCUGUACUACCACUACAUGGAACCUUACAUGGGCCCUGCACUCUUCCCUAUAACAUUGGAAGCCAUGAAGUCAGAUGUGGACGAGGUGGCGCUUCAGGGUAUAGAGUUCUGGUCCAACGUGAGUGAUGAGGAAGUAGACCUAGCUAUAGAGGACACUGAGGCCGCAGAGGUAGGCCGUCCGCCACAACGUACCUCCAAGUUCUACGCCAAGGGAGCCCUACAGUACCUGGUGCCGGUGUUGAUGACUAAACUAACCAAACAGGAAGAGUUUGAUGAUGAAGAUGACUGGAACCCCAGCAAAGCAGCGGGUGUGUGCCUCAUGUUGCUAGCUACGUGCUGCGAGGAUGCCAUUGUUCCUUUUGUCCUGCCCUUUGUCAAAGAAAACAUCAAGAGCCCCAACUGGCGGUUUAGAGAUGCGGCACUUAUGGCUUUUGGUUCUAUCCUCGGAGGAUUAGAAAAUGGAACAUUACGGCCUCUAGUAGAGCAAGCCAUGCCGACACUGAUAGAGCUCAUGUACGACUCUAGUGUGGUUGUGAGAGACACAGCCGCAUGGACGUUCGGAAGGAUUUGUGAGAUAAUCCCGGAGGCGGCAAUAAACGAGAACUACCUGAAACCUCUGCUAGAGUCUCUCGUGAAUGGACUGAAGGCGGAGCCGAGAGUAGCAACCAACGUCUGCUGGGCUUUCACUGGACUGGCGGAGGCUGCUUACGAAGCUGUGGAAGGUAAUGAGGAGGGAGCACAACCAGAGACAUACUGCCUGUCUGAAUACUUUGACUUCAUCAUCGCACGAUUGUUGGAGACCACGGAUAGGCCUGAUGGAGCUCAGGCCAAUCUGAGAUCAGCAGCGUAUGAAGCACUGAUGGAGAUGGUGAAGAACUCUCCAGCCGACUGCUAUGUGACAGUGCAGCGUACUACCAUGGUGAUACUGGAGAGGCUCAACCAGGUGUUGCAGAUGGAGAACCACAUACAGAGCAACACAGACCGAGCGCAAUACAACGACUUGCAGAGUCUAUUGUGUGCCACUCUACAGAGCGUACUUCGCAAAGUGACGCCAGACGACGCACCGCAGAUUUCUGACGCCAUCAUGACUGCUCUGCUGCAAAUGUUCAACUCAAACACAUGCAAGUCAGGGGGUGUUCAGGAAGACGCCAUCAUGGCUGUGUCUACCCUGGUGGAGGUGCUGGGAGAAGGGUUCCUCAAGUACAUGGACGCCUUCAAACCAUUUCUGUGUCUGGGUCUGAAGAACCACGCUGAAUACCAGGUGUGCAACUCAGCUGUGGGUUUGACUGGAGACAUCUGCAGAGCUUUAAAAAACAAAGCUUUACCUUACUGUGAUGAAAUAAUGACUCUAUUGCUGGAAAAUCUAGGGGACAAUACAGUGCAUAGGUCUGUUAAACCACAGAUUCUGUCAGUUUUUGGUGACAUCGCCCUCAGUAUCGGUCAUGAGUUCAAGAAAUACCUUGAUGUUGUUCUUCAAACUCUAGUACAGGCUUCACAGGCACAAGUUGAUAGGACUGAUUUUGACAUGCUGGAGUAUCUGAAUGAGUUGAGGGAAGGUAUAUUGGAGGCAUACACAGGCAUUAUUCAGGGGUUGAAGGGUGAUGGGCCUACGCCUAACCCUGAUAUUUUGCUGUUGGAGCCCCACGUACCGUUCAUCAUUCAGUUCAUCACACUGGUCGCGUGUGACACUGAUAAGGCAGAUAGCAACGUUGCUGCGUGUGCUGGGCUGAUUGGGGACCUCUGCUCUGCAUUUGGUUCAAAGCUGUUUGCAAUGCUUGACGUUGAUCCGGUGAAUGAACUGCUGACUCAGGGUAGAAGAUCUAGAGUUUCAAAAACCAAGACUUUGGCCACCUGGGCUACCAAGGAAAUGAGGAAGCUCAAAGCUGCCACCUCUAGCUGUGCGAGACCAUUGAAUUUGAGCGUGCAGGGUCCCUGAGAUGAAAGUCCGAUGCGUUGUAGAGUGACUGGGGUUUCACCUUCUCCGAUAUCCAACCUAGAAUGUAGAAACGGACCGACUGUCGUUGUAUUCCUACUUUUUGGUUGUCUUCUGCAUAAAAACCCCACACAACUCUGGUUGGAGCAGGCAGCAGUUUCCGACCAGUGAAGUGCAAGUAAAGUGUGAAGUGACGACAGUGUUGUGCGUACGAACGUAUGCGUGUGAUAAGAGGGGCGGACUCCCUAUCCUUGUUUAUAUCUUCAGGAAAAUUAAUUCGGUCAGCUCUGUAUCCGGCAAAACGUCUAACAUAUCCAGUGUUACAAUUGGUUACUGAGAGAUGACGAUGCAUUCCGACUACAACAGGUGCUUCACUCUUCUGAUAAAAAACAUUUGUUACAUUCGACUGAAGUGCCUUGGUUUAUAGCUCAGGUUAAUUUGUUGCUUCCUCAACCAAAGAUUUUCGCACGUCGUUUAGUGUGAAUUUAAUUUUUAAGUAGGAUUGUCCAAAUUAGACUGUUUAGUUUAAAGCAAUAAUCAAAGUUGUUUUGACUGCAAUCGCGACCUAGUCUUUAGAAGACUUCUUAACUCAGUCAUGUCUAUUGUAGUUUGUUUCCUUAUUAAAAUUGUUCCAUGUUUUAACCUCGUUUUGAACCAUUUCUAUUGUAAAUGUUAUUACUUGUCGAAUUUAAAUUCAUUUCCGUAGCAGGUUUAUUGUCUAAAUAUACUUAAGCCACUUAUUUUAUUCGGAGGUAAAUAAGCUAAACGACUUAAACACUAGGUUAUCUUAUUUAAUAAAUUUUGACAAAUGCCACAAAUGUUACUGUGAUUGAUAGGUUAGUAUAAAGUUCUUACGCGGACUCAUUGUAUUCCUUUUAGUCAUUGCCGGUACAAAAAUGUUUCCCGUUGCGUUUAUAUUUGUCCUUACCAUUUGGUUAAUGAACGAAUUUUUAAUUUUAUACUUUUUAAAAUUUUAAUAUGUUUUGUACUUUUAUUUAUAUACGAUUGGACUAAUCAUAUGUAUAUUAAGGAUCAAUUUAGGACGGUUAUAUUUUGAUAAACCGAUAAGACUAACUUAGAAUGCGUUAGGUAAUUAGUAAUAGGUUAAGCUGACCUGAGCUACCAUUAAAAUUACACUGUGAUCGGCGAUCCAUCGCCCGAAUACUUGAUUUAUUCCUGAUAGUGUGAUAAUGCGUCCCUCGUAUGUGUGUAGUCUAUGCCAGCCGAAGUGUGUUCCAAACACUUCCAAAGGUAUGGAAGUUAUAAUUGCAUUGUAUCAAUGAUGUUUGUAAGUACGUAUGUCUGUUAUUGUUGACCAUUGUGAGUGUGUAUGAGUGAGUGAAUGAGUGAGCGAGUCCAGUGCCAUGACAGUUCAGCUGGUCAUAUCCGUAUCCGGUGGCGACCCAAUCCCGUAGCUCCCUGCUCUAGCUUGCUUUCGUCCCCACCAAAAGGUAAUCGUUUAAGUUUCAUUCCCUCGUCUAUUAAGUAUGUUUUUGAAUUUUAUUGUUUAAAAAGACCUUUACUUUGUUAAAAUCUAGCAAAAUUAUUUUUAAAUGAAACAAAACUGUUUGUGUUAAAAAAAAUACAUAGUUGUAUGGAAAUAAAGAUGCAGAAUCUACAAAG